AUGUUUAACACUUCUUCUGGCUAACGAAUUAGAUAUGUUAAGGAAGCAUCUGGAGCAAAGUCAACUACGUAGAGUUUUAAAUAUAAAUCUAAAGAAUGCGAUUUAUCAGCAAAUGAUAGUACAUCAUCAGCACAUCUCAAACCUUUGAUUCAAGUCAAAUAAUCUUACAAUUAACAUUUUGCAACAGCCUUACCAUUGCGUAAGUUGGCUAGUCCAUAAAAAUAAGCCCCUGUAGAUGGAAGAAUUGUUGAGAGAACAUACUCAUCAGUUAGAACCAGCAAUUAUGUAAAGCGUUCAUCGGUGGCCCCAGAGAAGAGAGUAGAAAAUAAAAGUGUGAUUUAUGAGAAAAGAUCAAUAAAAAUGCCAAUAUGUCCUCCACCAUCUACAAAUGUGAUUGAGGAGAAACUUGAAGAUGAUUAGAUCUAAGGGUAAGGCAGUGAGAUGCAGAGUCAGAAAAGAAGGAAGAGCAUUACAUUUUUUGAGUAAACAGUUAAUACUAAUUCAUAAUAAGACAAUGAGGAAAUUGUGGAGAUGAUGUCGAAAUAUUCAGAAACAGAAUUGAAACAAGUAUAAAAUCUAAGAGUUAUCAUUAAUGGACAAUUUGAUGAAAGAGAAAUUUUUGUAGACAUUAGUUCAAUCCCUUAUGAAUGGAAAUUGGAACAAAUUGCCUAAUAAUUAAAUGAGAUCUAUAAACAGUAAUUUAAUUAAAGUCUUCGCAAUCCAGCCAUUUCAGUACUCAUAGGAAAGAUUUAAACCAAGAAGUUAAGUAAAGAUUUGAAAAAAUAUGAACUUGUUUUAAUGUCUUUAAAAGGACAACUUAAAGAAUCUUUGAUAGUAUUAGAAGAUAGCUCUUGA